AUGACCUCGGGGGGUGAGGUUCUCAAGUUGAGUAGUAUUCGAGAAACGACAAAGGUUGAACUUUUAUCACUUCUUGAACGUCUUGAUUUAGGGGGUCAGGCAACAAAAGUAUUGUUUGUCUCUCCUCAUCUUUUAUCGACCUUUGAUGCUAUUGGGGUAUCAAAAGAGAUUUUUUCAAAAGAGCAUGGAGUUGUAGGGGUAUUUCCUUUUGGGAGUGAGGAUGGUUUUAUUUCUGCACAACAUGCUCUAUUUAUAGUUUAUCCUAAUGUGGAAACUCUUAGGCUUUUAGUAGUGAAUUUGUUAGCUUAUUCACAAAAAUAUCCCAAAACUUCUUUGCAUGUUUUUUUCGUUCCACGGAAACCUCUUAUGAUUGAACAUGUUCUUGAAAAUGAAUUUCAAAUUUUACGUUCUUUGCCUGGUCUAUCGUUAAAAGAAAUUGAUUUGGAUAUUGUGCCUUUAGAUGAUGAUAUUCUUUCUAUGGAACAACCUUUAUCAUUUAAGCAUUUAUUAGUUGAUGGAGAUAUUACAAUUCUUCAAUGGAUUGCGAGAAUGUUAUUAAAACUUCAAACUUCACGUUUUGGAACAAUUUCCCUUAUUAGAGGUAAGGGGGCGAGAGCAUCAAAAGUAGUACAUAUGCUAAGUCAAAUGCAAAAUGAAGUGGGUUCUGAAUUUCUAAAUGAUCUUACACCAGAAAUUGAAUCAUUAUUAAUUCUAGAUAGAUCUUUAGAUUAUAUUACACCUAUGUUAACUCAACUCACCUAUGAAGGUCUUAUCGAUGAACUUUAUGGUUUGAAUUGUGGUUAUGUUACCUUUCCAUUCAGUUUGGGUGAGGGCUCUAAAGUUGAAAUGGGUCAACAAAUUUUUUUAAAUAGUAGUGACCGAAUGUUUAGAGAGAUUCGUGACAAAAAUUUUACUAAUGUAGGAUCUGCACUUCAUAAUAAAUCUGUAUGGGUAAAACAAAGUUAUGAUCGACGAAAGGAAGUACAACAACUAAAAGAAUUAAAAGAAUUUAUGAAAGGAUUACCUGAAAUGCAAGAAAUGCAUCGUUUAAUUGGAGUUCAUACUACUAUAGCUGCUGAGAUUGGUAAAAAAACUCAAGGUAUUGAUUUUCGUAAACGAAUUUCAAUAGAACAAAGUAUUAUCCAACAAAUAAAUGAUAAAGAAGUAUUGGAAUAUAUUGAAGAAUUAAUUAACAAAUCUGCCCCUAUUGCGGAAGUUCUUAGACUUAUUUCUAUGUAUUCUGUAGUGAAUGGCGGACUUAAAGUAAAAACAUAUGAUUUUUUAAAAGAAAAUCUUUUACUAUCAUAUGGCAUUCCUCGGGUUUUGGGAGCUCUAUUUUCUCUUGAACGUUGUGGAUUAAUAACAAAAUAUGACAGCAAAAACCCUAAUUAUUCUUCUAUUCGAAAACAUUUUAACCUAUGGAAUGAUAAUUUACAAGAGCAGCAACCAAAUGAUAUAGCUUACGCUUAUAGUGGGUAUGCACCUUUAUCCAUACGUUUAGUAGAAACUAUGAUUACUCAACCUGAAAUGUGGAAUACUACAGGAGAUUUGAUGGAUUUAAUUCCAGGUGAGAAAGCAGAAAUUCGAAAUAAGAUAGAGUUAACUGGAAGUCUUCCAAUUACAAUGGUAUUUAUUAUUGGAGGGAUUACACAUGCUGAAAUUAGUGCUUUGCGUUUUUUACAGACCAAAUUAGCUAACGUUGGUAAACCAAGACAUAUUCUUGUAGUUUCAACAAAUAUCACUAAUGGGACUCAAAUAAUAGAGUCAUUGAUGCCACUCUCUGCGGAGACCGUAGAAAAUUUUCACUAA